CUGCAUAUAAAUAUAACCGACACGUGCUGACGCUUCCAGUAGUUUAAUAGGUUUAGCGUGUAUCGAUUCACGCUGGAGAUUCGCCAGCAAAGGAAGUGAUAAUUGAUUUAAGUGUUUUUUUUCUAGGAAUAGGAUAAAAUUAACGAAGAUGAAAUCAUUUAUCUUCAUCAGUGUAUUACUAGUGUCUACGCUUGGUGCUCCACAAGGCCCGAUUGGGGAGCCGAUUCCAAUCCUUCGUCAGGAUCAGGAGAUUAAUCCUGAUGGAACGUAUCGGUGGAGUUAUGAAACAGGCAAUGGGAUUACUGCGGAAGAGCAAGGAUUUCUUAAAAAUGCUGGAUCCGAGCAAGCAGCGCAGGUAGCCCAAGGUGAAUACUCGUACACUGCCCCGGAUGGGCAGCUGAUUCAGGUGCAGUACAUCGCGGAUGAGAACGGAUUUCAGCCGAUCGGUGACCAUAUUCCCACGCCUCCGCCCAUCCCACCGGCAAUUCAACGGGCGCUGGAGUAUCUCGCAAGUCAACCGCCCAGUGAUAGCGCCUCGCGAAGGUUUUAAGGCGGGCUCGGUUCAUGAUUUGGAAAGCCAUUCGAAAGGGCUCGCUUCGUGACAUCUCGCGUAGUCACGAUUUUUUCUUUGACUAGAUAAAUUAAUGCACUUUUUGUCAAAUGCUUUAGACAACAAAUUUGAGAACAUCAACCAAACAUUUGUUAGGAUUAAUUUCGAAUCUUUA